AUGCUGUUGCUGUUGCUGCUGCUGUUGCUUUCACCGACUGCACAGGGAGACUGCGGCCCGCCUCCAGACAUUCCUAAUGCCACCCCAGACUUGAGUAGACACACCACAUUUGCCAAGAACACCAAGGUGACAUAUUCAUGUAAUAAGGGCUAUAAACAAAUCCCAGGGAAGUCAAACAUAGUGGUCUGUCUUGGAACUGGAGAAUGGUCUGGCAACGAAACAUUCUGUAAUAAAACAUGUAAUGGUCCACAAAGGGUAAAAUUUGCAACUCUCAAAAAAGAGUAUAUCAGACUGAACUUUUUCCCAAUUGGUACCACUGUGGAAUAUAAGUGUCGGCCAGGAUUUCUAAAAGUCCCUUCAGUCUCAGCAAAAUCAACUUGCCUUGAGGAAUUAGUAUGGUCUCCAGUUGCUGAAUUUUGUAAAAAAAAAGCAUGCCGAAAUCCUGGAGAACUGCCACAUGGUCAUAUCACCAUAUUAACUGAUAUUUUAUUUGGUGCAGAAAUAAGCUUCUCAUGUGACGAAGGGUAUAGGCUAGUUGGUGUAACCUCCACUUUCUGUGUUCUUUCGAGAGGAAGAAAUCCAGACAAUCCUACUGUUGACUGGGAGGAUGCAUUUCCAGAAUGCAUAGAUAUUCUUUGUGAAGACCCACCAAAAAUCAAGAAUGGAAAAAUUAACUGGGAACGUGAGUUGUAUAAAUUCAGUGACUCGGUCUCCUAUUCAUGUGAUAAAGGCUUCAUUCUGGUUGGAAAUACUAGCAUUUUUUGUACUGUGAAGUCUGAACAUGGAGAGUGGAGUGGUCCACCACCCAAGUGUAUAGAGAAAUCCAAGAUCACAACUAAGAAACCAACAGUUAAUGUUCCAAGAAUCCCCUCAACGCCUCAGAAAUCUACUACAGUUAUAGUUCCAAGUACAAGAAUCCCACCAACGCCUCAGGAACCCACUGUAGUUAAUGUUCCAACAACACAGAAUGUACCUGCUAUGGAGACCACAGGACAGCAUCCAACAAGAACAUCUAAAGACAAAGAAGAGUCUAACUCAGGUGUUGACCAUUUUAUAUAUGGAAGCCACAGAAAUAGGUGGGUUUCCAUGUGGACUUAAACCCCUCCUCUACCUUGGCCUUUGACUUCCUACCCUGC